UAAUGAUUACAAUUAACUUUUUUUCUUUAUUUAUUUAUUCUGAUAAAUACGUAUAUAGUUCUAGAAAUUAGUUAUUAGCAAGAUGAAGUACCUAAAAGUUGGUUUCGUAUUUUUGGGACUAGUUGUAUCCAAGUACGCGAAUGGUUUUUCAUAUUGCAAGAAUGACGACCCAAAUUUUGAUACUUGUUUGGCAAAAGGUAUAGAAGAUGCCGUCAAAUCUUUUAAAUCAGGUAGUUCCGAAUUGGGCCUAAAACCUAUUGACCCUUUACCAGUGGACAAGAUAACUUUAGGUUCAGGAGGCGGCGCUGUUAACCUGGUUCAGUAUUAUGACGGAGUUUCCGUACAUGGAUUGACGAACAUUAAAGUUACCAAGGCUCACUACGAUAAAUCGAAGAAAACUCUCGCUAUCGAAAACGUGUUUCCAAAACUUUCACAGAAGGGUCAUUACAAAGUCAAUGGUGCCAUAUUGUCUCUACCAGUACAAGGAGAUGGCCAAUCUACUCUGGAUCUGGAAAAUUGUGAAAUAAAAUUAACGCUCCAACUAAGCGAAGAUACCAUAGGAGGUGAAAAGUAUUUUAAAAUUGAGUCGUGUAAAGCCUCGAUAAAAGUGCAAAUGCUUUUUGAAAAUCUCUUUAAUGGAAAUAAACUUUGA